AUGAAAAUACGACUCUGCAAACUUUUAGUCUCACUUUCAUAUUUGCAAAUAACAAAAUCUACAUGGAGAAAGCAUGCAUUUUAUUCGCAUAAUUCUUACUCCAUUUUCAAUUUUAUUUCACAGGAGUAUGCGAAAGUCAAGCAAUGUUUUGUUAAGUCAAGUGAAACAAUGCCAACCGUACUUAAAGCUUACCAUGGAGACUUGCCAUCCCCUCUGCGAAAGUUUUUAGAGUCGCUUACUCACGCAGAUCAAGUUAUAAAAGCACUUAACUUAAAUGAAGUGGAAAAGACGUUUUGUAUAAUCUACACAACCUCUAAAGUAGCUAGAAAGUGUAUUUCGUGGCGGCGCAUAAGUUCAAAAUUCCAUUCCAUUGAAAUGUUUAUUGUCAUCACUAGCACCACUCCACUUAAAUUGAAAAUCAAAAGUGAUUAUCUUUUUUUAUUAACUUUUACUAAUAAAGAAGCCGAGGCACUUUAA